AUGAAGGGCAUGGUUUCAGCCCUGCUGGCCGCGGGCAUUUUGGCCACCUUGCCUUCGAGUGCUCUCGGCAGUGUUGUUGUCAUCCGCGACGCUGAUUUCCCUGAUCCCAUUGAUGGCUUCAUCGGUCCCAUUCCCUAUGGAAAUGCCACCAUCAAUGCUCCGCUGGACAAGGACGGCAAGGACACUUACAUAGGCUUCAAGUUCUUCCCUGAGGCCCACAUCCCUCACCUGUGCGCUGCUCACUGUGUGAGCGUCACCAACUAUCAUCGCAAGCACCCCAAGCCUGAUGGCACCUACGACACUUGCAGAUUCUUCCUUGCCUACACCCUGUUUGAGAACGGAGUCCCCCAGGGUCUGUUCUGCUCGAUGUACACCCGCGAUUGGGAUCAGUCUUAUGCCACCAACCGCGGCGAGACUCGCGGUCCCUCGCAGAUGUCCAUGCAGGAUGGUUACGGUUAUAUCUUGGAUGACAACUACUACCGCACUUGCCGGACCACUGCCACGGCCGUCAAGACCACCAUUGUCGCUCCCCCCACCACCACGGCAAAGCCCAACACCACUCCCAAGUCGGAGCCCAGCUCGACUCCCAAGUCGGAGCCCAGCUCGACUCCCAAGUCGGGGCCCAGCUCGACUCCCAAGUCGGGGCCCAGCUCGACUCCCAAGUCGGAGCCCAGCUCGACUCCCAAGUCGGAGCCCAGCUCGACUCCCAAGUCGGAGCCCAGCUCGACUCCCAAGUCGGGGCCCAGCUCGACUCCCAAGUCGGGGCCCAGCUCGACUCCCAAGUCGGAGCCCAGCUCGACUCCCAAGUCGGAGCCCAGCUCGACUCACAAAUCGGAGCCUACCACUUACAAACCCAACACCACUCCCAAGUCGGAGCCCAGCUCGACUCCCAAGUCGGGGCCCAGCUCGACUCCCAAAUCGGAGCCUGCCACUUACAAACCCAACACCACUCCCAAGUCGGAGCCCAGCUCGACUCCCAAAUCGGAGCCUGCCACUUACAAACCCAACACCACUCCCAAGUCGGAGCCCAGCUCGACUCCCAAGUCGGAGCCCAGCUCGACUCACAAAUCGGAGCCUACCACUUACAAACCCAACACCACUCCCAAGUCGGAGCCCAGCUCGACUCACAAAUCGGAGCCUACCACUUACAAACCCAACACCACUCCCAAGUCGGAGCCCAGCUCGACUCACAAAUCGGAGCCUACCACUUACAAACCCAACACCACUCACAAGUCAGAGCCCAGCUCGACUCACAAGUCGGAGCCUACCACUUACAAGCCUCCUACUCACAAGCCUAACACCACUCACAAGCCUAACACCACUCACAAGCCUAACACCACUCACAAGCCUAACACCACUCACAAGCCUAACACCACUCACAAGCCUAACACCACUCACAAGCCUAACACCACUCACAAGCCGGAGCCUCCUACCACUUACAAGCCUAACACCACUCACAAGCCGGAGCCUCCUACCACUUACAAGCCUCCUACCACUCACAAGCCUCCUACCACUCAUAAGCCUAACACCACUUACAAGCAUACCACCACUCACAAGUCGGAGCCUACCUCCACUCACAACUGGAAGCCUACCACUCACAAGCAUACCACCACUCACAACUGGAAGCCUACCACCACUUACAAGCCUACCACUCACAAGCCUAACACCACCCACAAGUGGAAGCCUACCACUACGGGCAAGCCCACGAUUCCUCGUCUUACAAUCAGUCUUCAUCCCACCACCACUCACAAGGCAAAUUUUACGAACCCCCGCCCGGUUAUGACCACGCUCCGCACAACGACAACCAAGCUGCUAAUGACCACGACUAAGCGCACCACCACCAUCACUCGCAAGCCCACAGUCAUGACAUUCACCACCCGCCGCACCGUGGUUGAGACUGGUCGUGUGAUUGCCACGCCCAUUGCUGCCAUCGCCCUUGAUGACAGUGACUAA